GCCGCGCUCCCACCUGUGGCCGCCGCCGCCUCCGCUCCGCUCCGUGCCCCGGAGCGCCGCCAGGUCAGUCCCGCUCCCGCCAGACCCCCCCCGAGACACCCCCACCCACCCCCGGGCCAGGCCGGGGAGCGGCGCUGCUGCCACCGCGCGAGGGGCCGAGCGCCAGCGGGGCCAUUGUGUGGGUGCCCCCCCGGACGGGCCGAGCAGGGCCGGAGCCUCCCGGUGCGUCCCGGCCGAGCGGCCCCGGGCAGCGCCACGUGCCGCCAGCGCUUCAGGGCGAGUGCCGAGUGCGAAGGCACCGCCCGGCCCGGCCCGAGCGACGCGCGGACCCCUCGCGGCUCGGCCCCCGGCAGCGCCCGGCCCCGCGCGGCUCCCGAGGAGGCGCCGGGACAGCGGCAGCGCGGCCCGUGAGGAGCGCACGGCGAGCGCGGCGUGAGGCGCGGCUGCCCCGGAGCCCGCGGGUCCCUGCGAGGCGCCGCGGAGCGAGGAAAACUCCAAUCGGCGCUUGGGGCUUGUGAAGAACUGCGAGCCAAGGCAACUUUUCACUGUCUCCGCGGUGCUGAAAACAAGAGCGGAGGAGACCCUGUUUGUGUGUGUUGGUGUUUACAAGUGGUUCAGGAUAGGUAAAAAGAAGAUGUCGGGUCGCCGUGUCGCUGCAGCGUGUGACAGACGACAGCUGCCCCGGGGCAUGGCGAGCAUGGCAGCCCCGCUGCUCGACCCGCGCCCGCUCCGGCUGCCCUUUCUCGAGGCUGACAGCCGCCUCCCAUCGAUGUGCGGGCGCUCGAUGCAGCAGCCUUCGCGGAGGAGCGUCCUGCGGGCCCGGCCGCCCCCGCCGCUGCCGCCGCCGCCGCUCGAUGCGCUCCGCGCUCCCGCCGCCAUCUUAGGGGCAGAGCGCGGGCGGCAGAAGGAAGGCUCGGCCCCCCCAAGGCAGUCCCUGCUCACAAUGUAUAGGACAAAAGUCAGUUUGAAAGACCGUCAGCAACUUUACAAACUGAUAAUUAGUCAGCUGCUCUAUGAUGGAUACAUCAACAUUGCCAAUGGCUUGAUAAAUGAGAUCAAACCACAGUCUGUCUGUGCACCCUCUGAACAACUGCUGCACCUAAUUAAGUUAGGCAUGGAGAACGAUGACAGUGCCGUGCAGUACGCCAUCGGCCGCUCCGACACCGUGGCACCGGGCACCGGCAUCGACCUGGAGUUCGACGCCGACGUGCAGACCAUGUCCCCCGAGGCGUCCGAGUACGAGACCUGCUACGUGACGUCCCACAAGGGGCCCUGCCGCGUGGCCACCUACAGCAGGGACGGGCAGCUGAUCGCCACGGGCUCGGCCGACGCCUCCAUCAAAAUCCUGGACACCGAGAGGAUGCUGGCCAAGAGCGCCAUGCCCAUCGAGGUCAUGAUGAACGAGACAGCACAGCAGAACAUGGAGAACCACCCUGUGAUCCGCACUCUGUACGAUCACGUGGAUGAGGUGACGUGUCUAGCUUUCCACCCAACAGAACAGAUCCUGGCUUCUGGCUCAAGGGACUACACUCUGAAAUUGUUUGAUUAUUCUAAACCUUCUGCCAAAAGAGCCUUCAAAUACAUCCAGGAAGCAGAGAUGCUGCGCUCCAUUUCCUUCCACCCCUCUGGGGAUUUCAUCCUGGUGGGCACCCAGCACCCAACCCUGCGUCUGUACGACAUCAACACCUUCCAGUGCUUCGUGUCCUGCAACCCCCAGGACCAGCACACGGACGCCAUCUGCUCCGUCAACUACAACGCCAGCGCCAACAUGUACGUGACAGGCAGCAAGGACGGCUGCAUCAAACUCUGGGAUGGGGUCUCCAACCGCUGCAUCACCACCUUCGAGAAGGCGCACGACGGAGCUGAAGUCUGCUCUGCUAUUUUUUCUAAAAAUUCCAAGUAUAUCUUGUCCAGUGGGAAAGACUCUGUGGCUAAGCUCUGGGAGAUAUCCACUGGCCGGACGCUGGUGAAGUACACAGGUGCCGGUCUGAGCGGCCGCCAGGUGCACAGGACUCAGGCCGUGUUCAACCACACCGAGGACUACGUGCUGCUGCCCGACGAGAGGACCAUCAGCCUGUGCUGCUGGGACUCGCGCACCGCCGAGCGCAGGAACCUGCUCAGCCUGGGCCACAACAGCAUCGUGCGCUGCAUCGUGCACUCGCCCACCAACCCCGGCUUCAUGACCUGCAGCGACGACUACAGAGCGCGCUUCUGGUACCGCAGAUCCACCACGGACUGAGGGGCUGCCCCCAGGGCUGCCCCUGCUUCUGGUACCGCAGAUCCACCACGGACUGAGGGGCUGCCCCUGGGGCUGCCCCCGCUUCUGGUACCGCAGAUCCACCACGGACUGAGGGGCUGCCCCCAGGGCUGCCCCCGCUUCUGGUACCGCAGAUCCACCACGGACUGAGGGGCUGCCCCCGGGGCUGCCUCUGGUUCUGGUACCGCAGAUCCACCACGGACUGAGGGGCUGCCCCCAGGGCUGCCUCUGGUUCUGGUACCGCAGAUCCACCACGGACUGAGGGGCUGCCCCCAGGGCUGCCCCUGGUUCUGGUACCGCAGAUCCACCACGGACUGAGGGCACUGCCCGCUGCCCACGCCUGGUUCUGCCACACGGGGCAGCAAAACCACAAACGCUGACACUCUGCACCCCACACUAAUGUUUUUAUUAGUGUGUGGUUGAAUUUUUUGUAAGUCAUCUCUGAUUACCGAAGGGAGGGCGUGGAGAAUCAAGCUGGUUGCCCUCCCUGCCUGAAUCACACACGGGAUGAGGGGACUGUGUCCUGCUCAGAGCCAGUGUCCAGCUGUGUCCAGCUCCAGAAGGAGCCAGUUCUGCCCUGGGCUGUGUCUGUGCAAUCCCACUGACCUCUGGUAGAGAGCAGAUCACACAGAGAGCAGCAGAACUUGGUGUAGAUACUUCUAUGAAGCCUUAAGCUGCCUUCAGCCACAAUCCAUCAUUUGUAAAGCUCUGGUUUGUAUCUUUCAGUCUGGGAUUUUGGUGAAUUCUUUGUGUUUUUUGUUUAUUGGCCAAGUAGGCCUUCAGUUCUGAGUUGUGCCAUGAGAAUUCAAACUGGAUUUUAAAUUGUUUAGACGAAUUCAAGAAAUGGUCUUCUAGUUCUGGUGUUGAAACCUACAUUUCAUCUCACCCUCUUUUGAAUUUAUCUUCACAAGUGGGACCUCAAAAUGAAUUCCUAACAGUUUUAAGGAAUAUCCACAUUGCAACUAAAAUGUCCCAGUGCUGCUGCAGGUGAGAAUGAGAAUAAUUUUGCCUUACAGACCUUUAGUAUCCUC